GGGAACUAGGAAGCGUUGCGGGUUGGACACCCCGCCUUCCCAGCCUCUUGGUGGGGGUGGGAGGGCGUGGUACGGUGGCCCCGCCGGGGCGGAGAGGGGGAGAGGGGUCGGUGCGGGGGCUCUGCCUCCCGGGGAAGGGGGGCCCGGCCAAGUCCACGCGGGUAGGGAGCAGGCCCUCUCCCCUCCCCGCGCCUGCAGGGACCCUACGCCUGUGUGCGGAGGAGGCCGGCGUCCAGCAGAUGCACGCGGUGUAGGGGGGGGGGCGGGGGAGAGGCGGGGAGGAGAAAACCCACAACAAAACUUGCGUCGCCGAGCUCACGGCUCGACUUGAAUGGAAGGAGCCCGCGCCCGCGGAGCGCAGAGACUCGGGACAGCGCGGACCGCCGGCUGGGCGCGGCGCGGCCCGGGGGCGCAGCAGGUACCAUGGCCCAGAGCAGGACACUGCUGCUUCUCUUGCUGCUGCCACUGCAGCUGCAGCUGGGACCGGUGGGUACAGCGAGGUCUCCAGGGUUUGGCCGAAGUGGUACCCACAGCCUGAGCCCUGACGAGAAUGAAUUUGUGGAGGAGGGGCCAGUGCUGGUGCUGAGCCCCGAGGAGCCAGGGCGUGGCCCUGUUACCAUCAACUGCCCCCGAGACUGUGCCUGCUCCCAGGAAGGUGUUGUGGACUGCGGUGGCAUCGACCUGCGAGAGUUCCCGGGGGACCUGCCUGAGCACACCAACCACCUGUCCCUGCAGAACAACCAGCUGGAGAAAAUCUACCCCCGGGAGCUCUCCAGGUUGCAUCGGCUGGAAACUCUGAACCUCCAGAACAAUCGCCUGACUUCCCGAGGGCUCCCGGAGGAGGCGUUUGAGCAUCUGACCAAUCUCAAUUACCUGUACUUGGCCAAUAACAAGCUGACCUUGGCACCCCGAUUCCUGCCAAACACCCUGAUCAGUGUGGACUUUGCUGCCAACUAUCUCACCAAGAUCUACGGGCUCACCUUCGGCCAGAAGCCAAACUUGAGGUCCGUGUACCUGCACAACAACAAGCUGGCGGAUGCCGGGCUGCCAGACAACAUGUUCAACGGCUCCAGCAACGUGGAGAUCCUCAUUCUGUCCAGCAACUUCCUGCGCCACGUGCCCAAGCACCUGCCGCCCGCCCUCUAUAAACUGCACCUCAAGAACAACAAGCUGGAGAAGAUCCCACCAGGAGCCUUCAGUGAGCUGAGCAACCUGCGUGAGCUCUACCUACAGAACAACUACCUGACCGACGAGGGCCUGGACAACGAGACCUUCUGGAAGCUCUCCAGCCUGGAGUACUUGGAUCUGUCCAGCAACAACCUGUCACGGGUCCCCGCCGGCCUGCCGCGCAGCCUGGUGCUCCUGCACCUGGAGAAGAACGCCAUCCGGAGCGUGGACGCCGACGUGCUGACGCCCAUCCGCAGCCUGGAGUACCUGCUGCUGCACAGCAACCAGCUGCACGCGCACGGCAUCCACCCGCGUGCCUUCCAGGGCCUCAAGAGGCUGCACACGGUGCACCUGUACAACAACGCGCUGGAGCGCGUGCCCGGCGGCCUGCCCCGGCGCGUGCGCACGCUCAUGAUCCUGCACAACCAGAUCACCGGUAUCGGCCGCGACGACUUCGCCACCACCUACUUCCUGGAGGAGCUCAACCUCAGCUACAACCGCAUCACCAGCCCGCACGUGCACCGCGAUGCCUUCCGCAAGCUGCGCCUGCUGCGCUCGCUGGACCUGUCGGGUAACCGGCUGCACACCUUACCCCCGGGGCUGCCGCGCAAUGUGCACGUGCUGAAGGUCAAGCGCAAUGAGCUGGCCGCCCUGGCACGCGGGGCGCUGGCCGGCAUGGCCCAGCUGCGUGAGCUCUACCUCACCGGCAACCGCCUGCGCAGCCGGGCCCUGGGCCCCCGGGCCUGGGCCGACCUGUCCCAUCUGCAGCUGCUGGAUAUCGCUGGGAAUCAACUCACAGAGAUCCCGGAGGGGCUCCCCGAGUCACUCGAGUACCUGUACCUGCAGAACAACAAGAUCAGCUCCGUGCCUGCCGGUGCCUUCGAAUCCACACCAAACCUCAAAGGGGUCUUUCUCAGGUUUAACAAGCUGGCUGUGGGCUCCGUGGUGGAAAGUGCCUUCCGGAGGCUGAAGCACCUGCAGGUCUUGGACAUAGAAGGCAACUUUGAGUUUGGUGACGUUUCCAAGGACCGGGGCCAGCUGAAGGAGGAAGAGGAUGAGGAAGACGAGGAGGACGAGGAUGAGGAGGAUGAGGAGGAUGAGGAGAGGCGAUAGUGACAGGGUGAACUGGAUGUGACACAGGACAACGGACCCCUGGACCCUUUUCUGCAGCACGUACCUGUGCCCUGUGAGCCCUGGUGUGCCAUGUUCACAGACACCCCCAGUGCCACCCCUACCAGCCCUGCCGCCCACCGCCACCACCACGCAGGCUGAGCACACAGUCUCCAGCCCCACCUGCUCCUGCAACGCCCUCAGCCACCCAUGUGCAGGUACCAUGACGCGUCUACACACUGUUGGCUUCACGGAGCCCACCGAACAGUUCCAUGCCCUGCCCAGGCCCUCCAGUGCGGUCAUGUCCCUGGACUCACGCAGACUUAGGGAAGGGUCUGACCCUGCCCUGGCACCCACGGAUGCCUGCUCCCUUCACCAUGGACCCACAUGUAUACCCAGCCACUGCCCCCCCGCCCACAAGUCACAUGUGAACAGUCCUCUGUGGCUUUGGCCACCAACAUAUCUUGCCCCAGCCAGAACCAGCCAGAACAGCUUGCCAUUUGCUCAGCCAUCUGUCCAUCCAAAGACAGAGUUAUCUUGGUGCUCUCUGUGGCCAGGGACCACCCCCGCUCUGGAACUCACAGAAGCUGACUUUUGUUCCUCUUCCUGCCUUUGGGACUGCUGCCCUGGCCUGCUUGCCCUGGUCCCCAACUGCUGGGGCGGUUACUCCCUGCCAUGCCCUGGCCGGCCACAGAUGCGUCUUUGACGGAGAUCCCACUGAGGCCAGAGGGAGUCUCCUGGGGCAGCUGGGGCCCUGGGCAAGAGUGAGGUGGAGGGGCAGGGCCAAGCAAGGAGGAAGGGCCCAGCUGCCCUGAUGACAUACCUUUUUUUAUUCUUUGGGCCUGUGGGGAGUUCUGGGUGCCUUUGGACUUGGAAUUCUUUUUAAGAAAAAAAAAUGAUAAAAAAAAACCUCAAAGCUGAUUUUUCUUGUUACAGAAAAACUAAUAUAAAAGCAUUACCCCUUUCUGGCAGCCCA